GUUAAUAUAGUUUUGCAAUUUGUAAUAUGUCAUUGAAUAACAAGACUGAAUCCUAUAAAGAGUCAUCAGGUGUUUCAGUUGUGGAUUUGUCAGAUACCUCAGAUGAUGAUGAAUUAGCAGUAACAAAAAAAGUUGGUAAAAACCUAAGUGAUCAAAUAGAAAGGCCAAAAACACCUGAAACGCAUUGUUCUAUUUGUCUUGAAGAAUUAAACAAUAAAUGCUACUCAGAUUCAUGUUGGCAUGUGUUUUGUUUUGAAUGUUUAAAACGAUGGUCAACUAUUGAAUCAUCCUGUCCAUUAUGUAAAAAAGGUUUCAAAUUUAUAAAUCAUACAUUCAUAGAACAAGGCAUUCAUGAAACUUAUGAGGUACCUAUUCAAGGCAGAGAUGCAUCACAAAGAAUAUUUUUACGUCCUUUUGCUGAUGUUAAUAGAAUGAAUUUAUUGUUGGAUCUCGUGAGAAGGAAUGAAAGACUAAUAAGUGAACAAGAUCGUGGUUACUCUCAUUAUCACCAAAGACAAUUUCCAGGGGAAUCAAAUUUUACUGUUUUUAACGGUCAUCUUAUACGUCGCCAAACUCAUGGUCAAACUAUGAGAGUUCGUGUGUAUACUGACAAUAUUUGGGCUGUACCAUUGCCUGAUUUAAGUGGUCGCUUUAGAGAUUGCAGUUCAGCAUUUUAUAGAGAUAAUCCAGCUCAAAUGUAUCGAUUGGUUGGUUUUAUUGUCCGGGAUAUUUCAGCCAUUAGAGAAAUAGAAAGAUCUGAAGGUUUAAGAUCUGAUAAUCCGAAUGAUGAAGACUAUAUUACAAAUAUAAUUAUGCAAACAAUUAUAAAUUAUGAAAUUCGUGAAUCAUUUACAACUGCUGUUUUAAGACCAUUUCUUGGUGAAUAUACUGAUCAUUUUUGUCAUGAGCUACAUAAUUAUGCUACUAGUCCAAAUGAUAUGAUUGGUUAUGAUCGUAAUGUAAGAUAUAAUAGUCGCCCAGGUUUUCCAUCACUUCAAAAUGGUAUAAAUACCAUUGACUUACAAAUUCCUGUUAAUCCACCUACUAAUGUUAGGACACUGCCAUCUUUGAACGGUACAAAUAUUGUUGAUUUUGAAAGUGAUUCAGAUUCAACUAGAAUACAAUAUGCACAAGAAGUCACUGUGGUAAGCAGGAGUACUAGUGAAGAUUCAGAUAUUGAAAUUCUUAGUCAACCAUUCAGACCUGUUGAUACAUAUGAUUUGUCAAUUAGAGAUCAACCAUCUACUUCUACAGGAAUACGUAAUUCCUUAGAUCGUCCUACUAAUAGGUAUAAUCUUAGACGAAGGAGAUUAUUUUCACCUCCACUAGCUGAUACAGCUGGAUGUCCUGUGCACUUAUCUCGAAUUGGAUCUUCAUCUAGUUCAAGCCGAAGAAGUAUUACAAUAGAAUCCUCAUCAUCUGAUGAUGAAGCAACUAUUACUCAUCAGCCACAAGCAUUGCGCAUGAAAGCUGAUAUAGUGAAUGGAAAAAGGAAAAAGAAGGUAAAAAAGAGCAAACAGAAUAAGAAAAAGAAGAAAGAACAAGUUUAUGACCGUGAUGAAACUGGAUUCAAUAAAAAAGCUUUACCACAACAAACACUGGCAUCAUUUUCGGAAAAAAUAGCUUCAAGUUUUAAGGAUCAAAACGAUCGGAUCACUGCUAUGGUCUGUGCAAAUGCAAAUGGCAAUAAUAAAUUACCUUUGCUGAUUAGUACAGUUAAAAUGCCUAGAAGCAAACAAGCAAAGAAUCUAACACUAUCAGAAGCUGUGAGUAUUUAUAAUGUAUCUAAAACCACAUUUUUACGGCACAUUAAAUUGUUCAAGAGUUUGAAUACUGAUACUUAUAAGAACAUAUCCAACAUUUAUCAUCGACAAGUAUUCACAGUAUAUGAUGAAAAAGAAUUAGUCGAAUACUUAAAAAUGUCUGCGAAGUUACAGUAUGGUCUUACCAAAACUGAUACUAGAAAAUUAGCAUAUCAGUUUGCAGUUAGUAAUGGUAAACAUGUGAAAGAAUGGGAUAAAUCUGAAGCUGAAAAGGAAUGGAUGAAAGGUUUUUUUAGCCGCAAUAAUACACUAUGUUACCAUGAUUUAUGCUAUAAAUCAUNUGUACUCGGACCGGUUUAA